GAAAAGCGGUUUUGUUAUCUGUACCACGGCUCGUAGCUUUAGGCGAAAUACACAAUGACUUUAUGAGACCACCUGCUUCUUGUCAAGGUUUUUCUUUUUCGCUUUUUGCGCUCAGUGCUGCAUCUUCGACGUCAAAUACCAGUGAUUCCAUUGUGUUCGAAAGACGACGUACAUGUACACGUACACAGUUGUACAGCUGGCGCACUGCUCGCUCUUCGACGUUGAAGGCUAGAUAAAGGCAACAUGCUUUGGUGCGGACUGCUUGCAUCUUGCGCCUUGCAUCUAGUAGUGGCCCAUGAAAAUCCUCACCAACCGGAACAACCUCUGCAAGGGGCAGAGGUUGUUCAAGCAGCGGAAAGCCCAGUGGAGGACAUUCGCAAGCGGUGGACAGCUAUUGAAGUGAUGCAUGAUUUGAACCACAUCAAAGAAGACCUGAGCAUGCUCGUCGAUCUUCAAGAAACCGGGGAGAUCACGAAGGAUGAAGCUUCAUUUUAUUACUUCAGAAUGCACGAUUUCGACAAUAACCAUUUUCUGGACGGACAAGAGAUCAUGGCGGGGAUGAUCCACUCAUUGGAGCAUCGUCAUGAUGGGCCUGAGGAACCUGGAGGAAAGAACUUGGACUUUGAGAGAGUUAUAGCCUUGACGGACGAAUCGCUGCUUUACGACACGAAUAAUGACGGCUUAAUCUCUUACCCGGAGAUGCGGAGUUAUGUUCAAGACAAAAUGCACUGAAACUGACAUUGCUCAGGUGAUCGUCUCAUUGGCUGCUUCCGUGGCCAUUCAUCAUCGCCGACUUUAGCACCUUUCAAGAGGAGCCCCGUCAAUUGUCGUAUUAACGUGUGUUUCUCUGAGACCGACGCGGUCCAUUCGAAGUCUUGAUCUGAAUUAUUAGUGCCUGUUGUAGAAAUAUAUACUUAAAGGUGU